AUGUCCUGCUCGACAAGAAGUUCCGACAAGAAUAUCCCGAGCGACGGACUCUUCUGUACUUCUCGAAUUUCCAAGAAGCCCUCAAAGCCCCUCACCCCGUCCAAGAAAACGUUGCGGAUCUACGGUAGCCCGCAGACACCACAGUACGGCAUCUCUGCAUUCCAGUAUCCACGGGACGAAGACAUCUGGUCGAUCCCCUUAGAUAUAGAUAUCGUGAUCACACACGGCCCUCCGCGUUUGCAUCUGGGCACGAGAGAUUUCCAUCGCGCGGGUUGCCCAUUCCUGGCCCUGGAAAUAGCACACAUACGACCGCGUCUUGUCGUAUUCGGGCACAUCCACGUGUCUUAUGGGCGCGAAGAUGUCGUUCUUGAUGGAAUUCGACGACGAUGGGAAAAGAUUACCAACCAGUGGGCUGGGUGGAUCACACUCGGUUUCAUGGCGGUUGUCCAACACAAGCGAACGGACCGGUUGCAGAAGGAGACGAAAUUGCGAUGGAGGUUCCCGAACGAACUUUUGGCUGCAGCUAUCGCUCCGCCCUUUGCCGAGAUUGUAGCCAUAGUUACUGAACUUAUGGCAGAGCUAAUCCCCGGGCUUGUAAUAGAAUCCGCCGGCGGCGUAAAGCUCGCAUCGUUACAGUAUCCCGCAUACAAUGAGACCGCCUGGCCAACAUCCUUGGUAGCAACUGCCUGGCACUUACUGCUUACACACCUUCUUCCUGAGGAUAAAAAAGAGCAAAAUGAGCUGGGCGGUAUGAACCACGCGUCAAGGGCGCCUUCAAGCUCAAAUAUUUUCUCUUACGCGACUUUGCGUUCACCAAGAAGUGAGCACUCUUGGGCGUUUCUCAGCCGCACCAUCACUGUUGCCUUCCUCGAUCCAGGCUAG